AUGCAACUUAUGGAGGCUCACCGGAAUGCUAGUGUCCGGGAACUCAACAUGCAACUGACCAACAUUCUCAGCCAGUUGGAAUCAGAGAAAAAGUGCGGUGAAGAGUUAAGCAAGAUUAGGAAAGCCAGCCAAGGGACGUGCUGGUGGGAGACACCCUUUAACAAGCUUCGCUUGGAAGAGCUCGAGCAACUGAAGGAGGCAAUGGAGGAGCUCAAAAAGAAUUUGAUUAAUCAGGCGGAGAGGCUCAUCGUGGAGGCAUCGAACUCUUUGCAGCCUGUUCUUGGGGCGUCGAGUUCUAGAGGAAAUGUUGGGCUUGAUGUUGAUGUUAAGAUUCCUGGCCCUGGACUUUCAAUGACUCCUCAUGGAUAUUCAUUUGGAUAUGGUCGUCCAUUAAUCUUUUAA